ACGCACAAUCUCUCUUUCAUCUAUUUCCAUGUCGAUUGAGUCCAUGGCGCUGGAUCGUCUCUGUUGUCGCACAGACUCGACACAAGCAGGUCUCUGCAAUUGAAUUCCACCAUGUGUGUACAAACCGUAACUCAGAAUUGUUCUAUAUUUUUGUUUACCUUCGUAAUCUUCGAGUUAGCAGUGUAGGUGCCGAUUGUGUGCGAGCAGGCGGCAAGCAAAAUGUCGAGCAUGCGGUUGCAAGCAGUGUUCCACUGCAUGUCCGUUUCUGUCGCGAUGCGUCCGCUAGUGCUUCCUUGCAACAGGAUUUCCUCUUUGGGCUUUGUCUCUGCCUAUGUUCCCCGAGCAUUGUCAUGCAACUUUAGGAAGUUGCAGGUCUAUGACCCCUGCUAUUUCCCUUCUUCUUCUUCUUCUUCUUCUUCGCCCUGUAGAAUCACCACAGCUGUAUCGUGUAGCACCUUGUCCCAGAAUUCUGUGGAGAUCGAAUCGGGAGUAAAUGGUACUGGCAAGCAGAACAACCCGGUCGAUUGGAAAAUCAAGAUGUUGUACGAUGGCGAUUGCCCACUUUGUAUGAGAGAGGUUAACAUGUUGAAAGAACGGAGUAAGAAGUAUGGCGAGGUUAUCAAUUUUGUGGACAUAUGUGCCAGAGACUACUCUCCAGAGGAAAAUAGCAACAUUGACUUCGAGACGGCAAUGGGCCGCAUACACGCCAUACGGCGAGAUGGGGAAGUCUUAACAAAUAUUGCGGCUUUCAGAGCACUGUAUGAAGAAGUUGGACUCGGAUGGGUGUACGCUAUAACUUACAACCAGCCGUGGGCAAGCAUUGCUGACAGCGUGUAUGACUUCUGGGCUAAGUACCGGUUGCCUAUCACAGGCAGACCACCUUUGGCAGAAGUUCUUGAGAAGAGGCGUCAGAGUAAGGGGGAUAGCGAUAAUAGCUGCGAUGUGAACAACAGGUGUCGUGUAGAUUGAUUUGACGUCGAAGAGUACGGGAGAAGACAUGUAUGAUGAUGAGAGGAAGGAGUGAAGCUUGCAGAUAUCCUCAUGUAGUUUCAAAUUCUUAAAUUUUUAACGUACAGUUUAUGGUGUGAAAGAGAAUAGACUUUACCCAAUCAAUUCAAAAUCAUUCUUAAAACUGUGGAAUGCCAUUUCCAUGCAACUGCUAGACAUUGUAACAAGUGGAUUGAAUACCGUAGCAUAUAAUCAUUUCGUUAAAUUUA